AUGGAGCAGCACACAGAGGCCUCCCCCACUCACCUCCAGUCUUCACUUGCUUGUGGCUUUCCAGCUCUUCCUCCGGCCUGCCUUUACACUAUCCAGACAAGAGGGAAGGAGCUGCAGGGGCUUCUCGCCAAGGUAAGGCGGGUUCAGCAGCAGCAGCAGCAGCAGCAGCAGCAGCAGCAGCAGCAGCAGGGGCGUUCUGCUGCUGAGGGUCAGUCAGCCGCAGGAGCUGCGGAGGACUGGGGGAAGACUGGCUGCAACGCCUCAGCAGCAGCAGCAACUCCUGCUGCUGCUGCUGCUGCUGCUGCUGCUCCUGUUACGCAUGCAUGCAUUGUCUUUUCACGCUGGACUGCCUUUAACAGCCUAGCGGGCGCAAAGGGCCCCCCCAAUGCGCCUGCGAGCCACGCGCGGCAGCAGGGGGGCCCCCAGGCUGCUGCUGCUGCUGCUGCUGCUGCUGCUGCUGCUGCUGCUGCUGCGGAGUCCAGGGGCAGCUUUGAGGGGGCCCCCAGGGGCCCCCGGGGCCCCCGGGGCUCCUGGAACUCCGCCUCUUCGGGCUUAAGUGCAGCAGCAGCAGAGUCUCUGCGCAAGUACGAGUCCCACCUUUCGGCCUGCGAGCAGCAGCAGCAGCAGCAGCGGCAGCAGCAGCAGCAGCAGCAGCAGCAGCAGUCCUUGUCAAGGAGGGGGGCCCCCGGCUGCGCUGCACGCACAGCUGAGGGGCCCCCCGAGGGGCCCCCAGCUGAGCAGCCAACUCUUUUUGGGGACGCCGCGGGAGACUGGUGGAGCCGCAGCAGCAGCAGCAGCAGCAGCAGCAGCAGCAGCAGCAGCAGCAGCAGCGGGUUUGACUUUCUGGGGAACGAAGUGGGCCCGCAGUACUUCCUGCGGGAGGCGCUGUCUCGGGUGUACAGACAGGGGCUGCUGCUGGACUCCGAGUCUUGGCAUGAAAUGACACUCGAGUUAAUUGCUGCUCACAUGGCAGCAGCAAUGCAUGCGCACAGCGCGCUGCAGCAGCAGCUGGAAGCAGCGCUGCUGCUGCAGCCCUCUUUCCCGCAGCUGCGCCGCCCCGCAGCAGCAGCAGCAGCAGCAGCAGCAGCGGCGGCAGCAGCGGCAGCGGGAGCGGGAGCAGCAGCAGGCGCGGCGCCGGGCGCGCCGCCGGGGGCAGCAGCAGCGCCUCCUGCUGCUGCUGCUGCUGCUGCUGCUGCUGCUGCUGCUGCUGCGGGGCUGCGGCCGCUAGUUGCUGCUGACGGCUGCUGCGGGGCGGGGGGCGACGUGUGUCAGCUGUCUAGACACUUCGACUUGGUUUUGGGAGUUGACAAAGACGUUUUGAAGUUGGCCAUUUGCCGCAACAACACCCAAGUAGCAGCAGCAGCAGCAGCAGCAGCAGCAGCAGCAGCAGCAGCUCCCGUCGUGCUGCUGCACCAAAAGCUGCAGCACCUCGCGCGCUUCCGAGGCGGCUGGAGUGUCAGGGACUGCUGCGCUGCUGCUGCUGCUGCUGACGGCGCUGCUGCUGCCUCUUCGGCGGCGCAAACGCAGCAGCAGCAGCAGCAGCAGCAGCAGCAGCAGCAGCAGCAGCAGCAGCAAAGGCUUACAUUGGGGGGCCUGCUGCGUUAUCAGGAGGCCCUCAACAGUGCCUUUGAAAGAGAAGCAAAAAGUGGGGACUGGAGAAGUUCCCACAAGUUGGACUUUGCUGCAGCUGCAGCAAUUGGUGAAAUGGGGGGUGCUGCUGCAGCAGCAGCAACAGCAGCAGCGCCUGAAACUCCUGCUGCUGCUGCUGCUGCUGCUGCUGCUGCUGCUGCUGAGGGGACUGGGGGAGACAAAGACAAGCUUUGUUUGUGUGUCCCCUUCACCGAGCUUCCCUGCCGCUUCUGCUGCGACCCUGCUGCAGCAGCAGCAGCAGCAGCAAGCAGACACACGAAAACCCGUGAAGACCCGCAGCAGCAGCAGCAGCAGCAGCAGCAGCAGCAGCUGCAGCAGCAGCAGCAGCAGCAGGUUGUCUCCCGUGGGGCCUCUCAGCGUUUAGAUGGAGCUAAGGGGAAGCCAGGAGACAGCGGCCCCUUGAGAGGCCCCUCUGGGGGCCCCUUGGGGGGGCCCCCAGGGGGCCCCUUGGGGGCCCCUCUGGGGCCCCCCCCGGGAGGCCCCCUUGGGGCCCCCCUGGGGCCCCCCCCGGGAGGCCCG